CCAUAAGUUGAAGAAAUUAUACAUUCUUUUAUAAUUAUGGUGGCAUUGAAAGAUAAAUUAAUUCCAUUUUUCCUUGGUGCAUAAAUUAUGGAUGUCGCUAGUAAAAAAGAUAAAUUGGAAAGACUGAGAUUACUUCACCAAAAAAGAGAAGAGGCGCAAAGGCAAAAUUAUAAAGAAGUUGUUGAGGAAGAUAGAAAAAGUAAAUUACCAUCGAAUUGGGAAGUUCAGAAACGUAAAAUUGAAUGGGAAGUUGAUGAAGAAAAAAAGAAAAAGGAAGCAAUCAAAGAUGGGCAAGAUUAUGAUAGACUGAAAGCUUUAAAUAUACCUGCUGAAAUUGCUGAUCAAAAUUAUAGAAAAAGGAACAAAAAACGUAAUCCAGAUCCAGGAUUUUCAAGUUUUGAAGAGGCUGCUAUACGAAAAUACCAGCGACUGUCAAAACAGAUUAAACCUGAUAAAGAAAGAUAUGAAAGAAUGAAGAAAAAAAUGGGCCAAGAAUUUUACCCAACAUCAAAUACUUUGCUAACCCAUUUGGAAGAGGAUCCACAACAUAACAUCGAUAAAAUGGCUGAGGAUAUUAAAAAUCAAAUCGAAAAAGGAGAGAACUAUAGUAGGAGGAGAACGUUUAACCCUGAUGCAGAUAUUGACUAUAUCAAUGAGCGCAACAUGAAAUUCAAUAAGAAAUUGGACCACUUUUAUAGUAAAUACACGGAGGAAAUCAAACAAAACUUGGAGAGGGGCACUGCACUUUAAAUUAAAAAAUAUUGAUUUAAAAAAUAUGUAUAUAUUUGAAGAAGAAACAAACUCAUAACUGAUUAUAUAUAUAUGAAGAUAUUAUUUAUUAUUUUAAAAUAAAGUAUAGUAAAUAGGA